AUGGCGACUCACUAUAACCAGUAUGCAUGGCAACAGAUCGAGCAGAGGGUUUGGCAACGCUCCGUUGACGAGAUCGAACGAUCUUAUGCUGCUUUGUCGAAGCUGUACGAAGGUAGCGGUCGAAUGUUUUUCGCCAUUACCGGCCACAUAUCGCUUUCCAUCGACCUCGUUGACUCCUUUCACGAUGACUUAGAUUCUCGCGUUGAUACGGCUCUGCGUAAUGCUUGGCUCACGCUGAGACAUGAUCACCCCACAAUUGUGUCACAAGUCAAACACGAUACCAGCACGAAUGGAUUUACAAAGGUGUAUCGCACAAUUCCUACUAUAGCUGAUCAGCGGGCCUGGAUCGAUGAAACGUUCGUCACAAUCUCUACCGAUAAGACCGGAUCUGAAUGGGCAAAUAACGAUCCUCCGGCUCCAAAGCUUCCAACAUUGUUUGUCAUCACACCGCCAUCUGUGCUACAUGAAGAAAACCGCCCUGGCCCGAUCCGCCGCGAUCUUGUUCUACGUUCUCCUCAUGACGUUAUUGAUGGUGUUGGUACUCUGCUUCUCUUAGGAAAUCUUGUUAAAAUCGUGUCAAAAGCAUACGAUCAAGGAUCUUCGUUCGAACUGCCUACAUUUGACAACGGCUCCGAGCUAAGCAACAUGAGUCCACCUUUUCGUGUGGCUGCAAAUGUACCGAAAAGCCUGACAGAGACUCAGCAACAGCGGUUAGCGAACGUAGCAUCUUUAAAAGAACAACAAUUGGCAAGCGACAUCCCACCGCUACUCAUUCCGUGGAAGAAAGGGGAAAUUACUCCGGGGAAGCACCAGCGGGUUGCGCUGAUGCUCUCACAAGAGAGGACUUCGACGCUACUACACGCAUGCUCAUAUAUUGGCGUUACUGUAACCCAUAUCUUCCAUGCUGCUAUUCCUCUCAUGAUGAGGAAUCUUCAAGAAAAGCGCUCUAAACCACAGACGCUUAGAUAUGUCAGCUACAUUUUACGGAACGAACGUGGAAACUGCACUGAGCCGUACAACUCUGCAAAGCAUCCGGCCGCAUUAUAUCACUCAGUAUCAGGAACAAGCCUCCUAGUAGAUAUGAUCAUCCCAGCUGUCGGCAGUAGCCAUACUGUAGACCAGCAACAGUCGGAAUCUGAGGAAUUCUUUAGAGUUCUCCAAGAGAUGAAGCAGUUUUACCACGAUGUCCGCGAUGAUGCAGAACAUUAUCAACUUGUGCCUUACUAUUGGGCCUCUAGCACACGACAGCUGCCACCAGCGGCCAAGGAGCCUUUGCCUAUACCGCCUCCAAGCACUCAGCCGUCCGUAUCAAUCUCUAGCAUGGGACUCAUUGAUAAUAUUAUACCUACAAAGGCUGGUGGCAUCUCGGUUUCUGAUCCAUGGGUAACAGGAGAAGAGCUUCGGAAUGGUCUUGGGUUCUUUUUGGGAACAUAUAGGGGCCAACUGUGUCUAAGCGCUGCAUACAACGAUGCGUGGCAUGAUAGGCAAGAGGUCGAAACUUAUUUAGAAAUGUGUGUAGAUAUUGCGUUUAAAGGCCUUAAAUCUUAUAUAUUCUAG